CCAGGCGGCUGCCAUGGCGUCCUCCCGCUUGCCCCCCGGGGCGCUGACUCUGAAGCAGUUCAUGAGAAGGCAGCAAGUUCUCGUCCUCUACAGAAAGAUCUUCCGAGCGAUUAGGCAAGUUCCCAGUGAAGCUGACCGAAAGUACCUUCAGGACUGGGCCAGGGAAGAAUUCAAAAGGAACAAAAGCGCCACAGAAGAGGAUACCAUCCGAAUGAUGAUUACUCAAGGCAAUAUGCAGCUAAAGGAAUUAGAAAGGACACUCGCUUUAGCAAAGUCUUAACCGGAAGGUUUUCAGAUCCCCAUGCAUUUUGCACGGGCUCAAAGCCACUGUCACAGAGGACCCACGGUAGCACAGGACAAGAUGAUUGUGUCAAUCAAGCAUACAAGUCAAGGCACUGACAUUUCCACUGUGAGCUAGCGUGAAGAUGGGCACUUGGAACUGUACACUCGGGUGAAGGUAAAACAGCAGACUGUUAGUUCUUGAAAAGGUAACUAGAGGGCUUGGUGAGAUGGUGCCACGGAUAAGGCUCUUGCUGCCAGGAACAUGAGUUUGACCCCUGGACCUACAUGGUGGAGGGAGAGAACCACUUCAGAAAGUUGUCUAUCACAUGGUCUUUGCGGCACAGAAACAAAACAAAACAGAGAGAAAAAAAAUGUGAUUAAAAAUAAAUAAAAGGCGACAGUUACCUUAUACAUUAGCAAGUCUAGGCUUUAAUCAUGAGAACUGAAACCACGCCUAUAAAAAAUAUAUACAGAAUUCAGCAUUUUUUUCUUUUGGUUUUUGAUGCAGGUUUUCUCUUUGUAGACCAGGCUGGCCUCAAACCCAGAGAUCCUCCUGCCUCUACCUCUUGAGUGCUCAGAUUAAAGGUGUGCACCACCACCUUAUGGGUUCCACCAUUCUCCAUGCUAACCAGAUACUGGAUUCAGAAUAUCCGUGAACAGAUGCUUGGAUAUUUAAAAUGUAGUGCGGUGUACGGUAAAAUGUUAUUUUGCAAUAAAACGAGUGAAGAACUGCUCCAUGCUCCCCGUGGGUGACCUUGAUAACAUUGUUAAGUUAGAGGAGCCAGCUGUAACAGAGCCUCUGCUUCCAUGGUAUUGCCUUAGACUAGGACAGAGCGUUCCCAGUGAAUGGAUAGGGCUUCUUGGAGGCAUGUGGAUGGCUUUACAACUCUGAAUAUUCUAAGACUAUACUAACUUUGAGAAUGUGGUUAGGUCCACAGACACCCUUGGUAUAAUAGAACGGGUAUGCGGUGUAAUUGUCAAGAGUCGAUUUCUCCAUUUGCUACAGGACACGUUCUAAUGAAUAUGUUUAUGAUAAACACAAUGUGUCAGGGUUUCUCUGUGUAGCCUUGGCUGUCCUGGAACUCGCUCUGUAGACCAGGCUGGCCUCGAACUCACAGAGAUCCAUCUGCCCCUGUCUUCCGAGUGCUGGGAGUAAAGGCGUGCGCCACCACUGCUGGGCAGUGUGUCCAAAUGGUACGUCAGUUAGAACCAGAUCUGCAGGUCUCAUGCUUGAAGGUAAGGGUUACAGUUCAGGGAAGAUACAUGUUUUUGUUAGAAACAGGAGAGCUUUGUGCGUUUUCAGUGAACAGUUUAAUGCUCUGUGCAGCAUGUGCAGGUUUUGCUGUACCAUCUUUAGACUAAGGGUAUGGUGUGACCUCCCUACCUCAAACUGCAAAAACAAAACAGAUAUAGGACCGGCAGGGCACUGUCCUGGCUCUAGGAGAUGCUCCACCACAGCGUCUCAACCUGAAUGGCCCUCGCACAGGGGCCACAUACCAGAAGGUUCCGUUAGCAAAAUUACAGUCAUGAGGUAGCAACUAAAUAUUACGGUUGGGGGUCCCCACAACAUGUGGAACUGUAUCAAGUGUGGCAGCAUUAGGAAGGUUGAGAACCACUGAUCUAGAACUUGGAAAGCCUGCUUUGCCCUUCAGGGUUGUGAAAUUACUUUGUUCAGGUGUGCUACGGUUUCAUGGCCAGAGCACUAAGACCUCAGAGCACCUGGAGCUUGGUUGGAAAUGAAAGAGCUGAGAACAUUGAAACAGCAAAAAGAGGAGGGAAGACUGGGCAGUUCUUUAACUCCUGCGCCUAUCGUUCCUGUUAGAGUUAUGGAACGUUUGAAUUUGGAAGUGACUGCCUCUUCUGCUGCAGGCAACACAUAAGGCAAAAGUCUAAUUAGGCUUAAAGGUACAAUUAGCAACAGCGAGCCAAAUGGUCCUCUUCAGCUAGCCCUUGCUUACACCCUCAGGUAAAGGAACCUCCUGCAGCCCCAACUACUAUGACUUCUAGAAGUAGGAAAGGGUCAUGUCUUAAGGGUUUCUAUUGCUGUUAAGAGACAACAUGAUCACGGCAACUCUACAAAGGAAAACAUUUAAUUGAGGUGAUGGCUUACAGUUUCAGAGAUUCAGUUCAUUAUCAUGAUGGGACAUGGGAGCGUGUAGGCGGACGUGGUGCUGGAAAGGGAGCUGAGAGUUCUGCGUCUUUCAGGUAUCAAGACAGAUUCUUGGUAUACUGCACUUCACAAAUGGGAGAAAGAAAUACCUCACAAAGUUGACAUGGGGGCCUUGAGAUAAAAUUCAUACACUGAGUGAACGAUGUGGGAGUGGAAGCAUGCUGAGGACUCUGAUGCUGUCCCGCCCACAACAGGGACUCCAGACUGGGAACCUGACUACUCUAUUAUUGUGCUGGGUGCCAGGAAAGAUGGUGCAAAAUGUGCUUGACCUAUGUGACCUGAGCACAGCGCCACCUCCUGGAGCCCUGGGGUCCCAAGCACAGUUCUGCUUGCGAGUGAGCUAACACCAUGCUUUUCUAAGCCAAUAUACAGCCUGUGCAGACAUGGCUAGCAACCAUUUGUGAACAAUUUGGGUUUUUGUUUGUGAAACCAGGUCUCCUGUUUUAAUCCUCCACCUCCACCUACCAAGUGCCAGGAUCGCAGAUGUGAGCCACACUGCUUUCUGUGAACAGUCUUGAAGACCCCGUGUGGUCUGGUUGACAUUUAAAUUCAAAUACAGACUCUGAGGAGGUCUAAUAUCUUGGAACUAAACAGCAGUCAUGAGAUGUGGAUGCUGAUGAUGGUCCAAACUGGCUUACAGGGAACUCUUUAAAAGCGUAUACAGCUGCCAAUCAUCCUAAGGCAAGCUGGGGUUCAAUUUUGUUUCUCUGAACUUACUAUGUAGCUCUGGCUGCCAUAAAGUUAGAGAUCUACCUGCCUCUGCCAAGUGCCGAGUAUGUGCUACCACACCCUGCCUAAUUAUUUUUAGAGCAGACUAAACACUGUGGAUGGAAUUGUUUUCAGAGGGAAAGGUUAGUGCGGUACCCAGCUUUCCCUUCAUCUCCAAAAGACAGGUCUACUUUGCUCACUCGGGUCCUCUGAUUAGCCCCUCUGGCGAAUAGGCCAAGGCUUGUUUGGCUUUUUGUGUGUGUGAUUAUUUUAUGUGCAUUGAUGUUUUGCCUGCAUGUGUGUGUGAGCGUGUGGAUCCCUUAGAGCUAUAGUUACAGUUGUAAGCUGCCAUGUGAGUGCUAGGAAUUGAACCUGGGUCACGAGGAGGGUCUUUCAGCAGUGUUUUCCUUGGGAACAGGGCCACAGUUGAGACGCUGGCCAGAUGGAGCUGCUGGUGACGCUUUACUUAUCCUGAAUUCAGUUUAUCUGGACUCAGGAUUGUACAGCCUAUCGACCAUUCUGAGCGUCUCCUGUAAGGUUAUCUGUUUGAAUGUCAGACUCAUACUUGUUCCUAGAACUUAAUUGAUUUUAUGCACGUGAACCAACAACAAUCCUGCUGUAGAGGCACACCUCUAAUCCAGUACCCUGAGUUCUAGGCCAGCUAGAUCUGCAUAGUUGAAACCGUCUCAAAGGAGAGAGAUUAACGAAUGGGAGAAAGAUUUCACACAAAAGCUUGUGUAACACGUAAGCGGCUGAAGCCAGUUUGCCCUGCAUCACCUGUCUCCUCUAAAAGGGGCCGUCGGGUUGCACCUUUCAAACUCAGCAAGCACUGCUGUGGAUGUGCCCGAACAUCGGUCCAUGGAAAGCGAGGAAAGUGGACAUGAGCAUCAGUUACACCAGCAGUGCGCUUGGGAGACCUGGGCCAGCAGAACUAAGGAAAAGGCCAUUCUGAAUGGAAGCUGCCUGUAUCUGCCUUGGAAAAGGAUUAUUAUAGAAUCAGGCCCAGAUUUAAAAAACAAAAGUCAUCCUAAUAAAUCAGAGAUCACAGGAUUUAGGAUUUUGAGAAAUUAUAUUCGCAUUAGAUUUAGAUUUUUAGGGAGUUAGAGAGAUGGCUCAACAGUUAAGAGCAUAGUACCCUUGAAGAGGACCCGAGUUCAGAUCCCAGUACCCACAUGGAGUGGCUUUGACUGCCUGUUACUCCAGCUCCAGGGGACCCAGAGCCAAGCAAGUACCUGCAUGUAGCGAGCUGCAUGAAGCCACACCUGAUGGCAAUGUAGAGAGCUGCAUGGAGCCGCACCUGAUGGUGCUGGCUCCCGCCCUCCGCGAUCCCGAAAGCGAGUGCUCUCUGUGAUAGUCAACUUCUAAUAUCAACUAGGCCUGACUUAUGCUAUUAUCACGCAAUGAUUGUCAGCUGCUUGCAUAUGCGUGGACCUAUGAGCAGUGCCCACCUGGCAGUCCAGGAUUGGUAGCCCGGGGAAAGAGAGGAGAGAGAGAGAGGAAAAGAGAGGAGAGGGAGAAAGAGAUUUUACAAUUGUCAAAAGGUCCUGAAUAAAACUGCAGUGAGAAGAGCUCCAGUGUUGCGCGUCCUCCUUGCUGGACGAGGGCGGCCGCGACAGUUGGUGGCCCGUACGGGGACAAGACAAGUGGUGCCGCGUACGGGGAACCUCCAAACCUCUCUCCGUGGAGCCCAGAACUUGCUGCAGUCAGGGGGUGCACCGGAUAUAAUCCUCAGGUAAAGACUGGGGAUCCGCGAAAAAAGCCGGUUUUCCGCUCUCGGCAAUAGGAGAGUGGGGGUAAAUAGGGCUGCGACUAUAGCAGACGGAUCAAAGUGAGAGCCACGACCAAAGUGGACGGUUUAAAAUGAAAAUAAAAGAAUGGGAUUUUAGAAUGGGCGCUUCAACAUCACACCUGAUUUUUCUGGCUCUUAACGAGCUGUUAAGGAGCGCAUUGGAAAAGUUUUUGACUGAAUGUGACACAAUUGCUCCUUGGUUUGCCAUCUCUGGCAAUCUUAAUGUGUCAUCCUGGGACAAGCUUGGUAGAGAUCUGAAUUUUGCUGCUGAACAAGGUACGCUAAGGAAGGGAGUUAGAUUCAUGUGGUUUGAAUUACCGAGACCUCCUGAGUUUGCAGUGGAGAGUGAGCAGCUGCGGCUCCAAGGCCAAGCAGCAUUGAGGGUCUGCGAGGCUGAAAAUGGCAGUAAGAAUGCAACGUCCCCGCUCAGCAGGAAGUAGCCAGACAGAUUGACAAUGCCCAAAUUCCCUAAAACGUGUAAGUGGGGACCCUUCAAUGGUUGCAGAGCAGCAAGCCUGCUUUCCUGAGUUCCGCUCCACUCCGUGCACCAGUCUGGACCCAGAACGAAUGCAGCUGGGGCAGAAAGGCAGCUGGAGCAGAGCUUUGCUAGGUGGCUGUGGUGGAAGGCACAUUGUCUCAGCAGUCGGUGCCUAGCCUGGCAGAUGCCACAGCAGUGCUCAGAGUAUCAGCAAACGCAACAACAAGUGCUGGAGCUGAGACAAGCUGGAGCACAGACCCCACAGGGCUGCCCGAGAACGCAGCGUAGCUGCAGGGCAAGGAAAGGCAAUGGCAGUUUCAGGCUCUGCACGCUGCUGAAGAGUCAGCGACAGAGCGAAUUUAAAUCAAGAGACUGCCUUAUUGUAGGAGCAGGUACCUGUGUGUACUGUUUUAGCCAAAGGGUUGGUAGAAUACCAUAGCCCAAAUGGGAGGUUGGUCUAAUGGUGAUUGGGAACCCUACUGCUGGCAAUCUCAACACCUGUUGUCAUGGGCAUUUAUCUUUAAAUCCUGUGUAAGAUCAGACAACCCAUGAGAAUGCAGCAUAUGGUCACUUAGCAGAAGCAGGAUCAGCUGAGCUGCUAGGGAAGCCAAAGAGGUGCACGAGGAGGUGUCGUCUUCCAUGCACUCAGCUGACAAGAAUGAAUGUGCCACGGGGGUAUGGCAGCUGGGGUAUGUUAAGAGGCAAGUCCAUACCCUAGUCUGUCAGACAUUUCUAUCCAUCCGGGGCUGUGUGUGACCAGCAUUCAAUAUGACUCAUGCAGCUAAUCUGUCUAAAGAAUUGUCUAGAUAUCUUUUAGGUAAUUGGUCUGGUGAAUUCAAAAACUGGAAAAGCUGUGGAUGACAAUUGCGACUGCAGAUUCCACACGCAUGGAUACCAGCCUGGCAGAAGGACUAUCCUCCUGGAUCACUCCAUGGAUCAUCUGAAGGAGUGGGCGGGAGUAGGAGCCCUAACAGGCUUAAUGGUGCUUGCCUCCCUGGUAUGCCUGUGGUGCGUCUGUCACAUAAGGGUUUCACAGCAUCGCAAUGCAGUUAUGAUCAUUCAGGCCUUCACGGCCAUUGAAGCAGGACAGUCUCCCCAAGUUUGGCUAUCUUAAAAGAGAUAGAAGCAAGCACAGGAUGCGAGGCUUGCGCACUGCACUUGAGGUAAGCAUACAUCAGCCUCAAGAAGAGCAAGUCUGAUUGCAUGUGGGUUGGUGUCUAACUCCCACCUCUGUAAAAGGACACCGGACAGGUCUAGUGUUCUCUGGGUGGAUGACACCUGGACGGACACUAGCACAUGUUCCAUUUUUAACAGAGAUCAGACCUCUACUCUUGACUGUAGCUUUACAAAACAAAAAGGGGGAACUGUAGCGAGCUGCAUGAAGCCACACCUGAUGGCAAUGUAGAGAGCUGCAUGGAGCCGCACCUGAUGGUGCUGGCUCCCGCCCUCCGCGAUCCUGAAAGCGAGUGCUCUCUGUGAUAAUCAACUUCUAAUAUCAACUAGGCCUGACUUAUGCUAUUAUCACGCAAUGAUUGUCAGCUGCUUGCAUAUGCGUGGACCUAUAGAGAGAGAGAGAGAGCGCUCCUGAGAGAGAGCCUGCACCCAGUCAUCCUUGCUGGACGAGGGGGGCCGCGACACCUGCACUCACGAGAGAGAGCUCCUGAGAGAGAGCCUGCACCCAGUCAUCCUUGCUGGACGAGGGGGGCCGCGACACCUGCACUCACGUUCACGUGCCCACCCCCAACACACACGAUUAAGCCUUUUUGAUUACUAUUUGCAUUUACUGAAAAUCAAUUUGUUCUUGUAUUUUUUAAAAGUGCUAUCCUGUCUUGUGGUGUUAAUAUGCUUGCAU